AUGAAGAACAGCAGCAGCAGCAGCAGUAACAUGAAGUCUCUGUAUUUCCAGUUCACUCUGUUCACAGAUCAGGGCUCCCUCAGAUACCUCUUCUUCAGUCUGUGUCUGCUGCUCUACAUGACCAUCGUCUCUGCUAACCUGGCCAUCAUCCUGGCAGUCUGCCUGGAGAAGUCUCUCCAUCAUCAGCCCAUGUAUAUCUUCAUCUGCUGUCUGUCCUGUAACUCUCUGUACGGCUCGGUGGGCUUCUUCCCCAGGUUCCUCAUGGACGUCAUCUCAGACACUCACCUCAUCCCUCAGACAGCUUGUUUCAUCCAGAUCUAUAUCAUUUACUCGUACCUGGGAAACGAGCUGACCCUCCUCACCGUCAUGGCGUACGACAGACUCGUAGCGAUCUGUCAGCCUCUGCACUAUCACAGGAAGAUGACGGGGAGGAAGGUGGCGUGUCUGAUCUUCGUCUCCUGGUUGUAUCCUGCCUUCAACAUGUCCGUCUGCGUUUACAAGGUCAGCAGGAUACCUCUAUGUGGAAACAAACUCAACCGGGUGUUUUGUACGAACUGGCCCGUGGUCCAGCUCUCCUGUGAGGACACCACUGUGAUGAACAUCCUUGGUGGUGUCUCCUCUGUGGUGUCCGUCUCCAUCCCCCUGACCUUCGUCCUCUUCACAUACCUGCGUAUCCUCCUGGUCUGCAGGAGGAGCUCGUCUGAGUUCAGAGGGAAGGCCUUACAGACCUGCGUGCCUCACAUCGUCACCUUCGUCAAUUACUGCGUCACCGUCUUCUGCGAGAUGUCCCUGACCCGCUAUAAGGUGACGGAGAAGAACACGCUCUUUGUUGUGGUCUUAUCUCUGGAGUGUUUGAUCGUCCCUCCCAUCAACAACCCCCUGGUCUACGGUCUGAGUCUGCCCCAGAUCAGAGGAGUGAUCUUUAGAGGGGUCAGGGUUUUCAGGAAGGUCAGUGCUGGGAAACAGAAGAUCCACCGAGAGCAAGAGCACCUCAAAUAA